AUGUCGCUGUACGCCUUGACGGUGAAGCAGCCUACAGCGACACAGGAUGCCAUUUCUGGCGACUUCCUCGGAAACGGCAAGCAGCAGAUCCUCACUGCGAGCGGCUCCCGGCUGGCCAUCCUCGAGGUUUCGCGGCGGCAGAAGGGCUUCCAAGAGCUCUACUCGCAAGAUGUAUUCGGCAUCAUCCGUCGCAUUGCCAAGUUCAGGAUUGCGGGCGGCACCAAAGACCACAUUGUCAUAACCACGGACUCUGGACGUUUAGUUACGUACGAGUACCUUCCUGAUGAGCACACCUUCAAGACACUUCACUUCGAGACAUUCGGCAAGUCUGGAAUACGACGUGUCGUGCCAGGCGAGUACCUGGCAGCCGACCCGAAAGGGCGCGCUAUCAUGAUUGCCUCGACGGAGAAGAACAAGCUGAUCUACAUCCUCACCCGAAGUGGGCAGACCGAUAUUGCCAUCUCCUCUCCACUGGAGGCGCACAAGCCCCAGACACUUGUCUAUUGUCUUAUCGGUCUCGAUGUUGGCUACGACAACCCCAUGUUUGCAACGCUCGAAGUGGAUUACUCCAAUUCCGAGACUGAUCCUACGGGCGAGGCUUACGAGGAGAUCAAGAAGGAGCUUGUGUACUAUGAGCUGGAUCUGGGUCUCAACCACAUUGUACGAAAGUGGUCUGAGCCUGUCGAUCGCACAGCAAAUACUCUCUUCCGGGUACCCGGAGGCCCAAGUGCACCGAGUGGUGUAUUGUGCUGCGGAGAGGACAGCAUCACAUACCGUCGUAUCUUCAACAACAAGUCAAGCGUCCGCCGCCUGGCAAUUCCACGCCGCGAGGGCGCUACUGAAGAUCCUAACCGAAAGCGUAUGAUUGUCGCUGGUACUUUAUACUCUCUCAAAGGUGGCGACUUCUUUUAUCUUCUACAGACAGAAGAUGGCGAUGUAUUCAAGCUUACCGUUGACGCUCCCAACGGCACGGUCGAGAAGAUCAAGAUCAAGUACUUUGAUACCAUUCCUGUAACGACAAGUAUUUGUAUUCUCCGGGCGGGUUUCGUCUACGCUGCGUGCGAGUCUGGAGACCGCAUUUUGUAUGAACUGGAGUCGCUGGGUGACGAGACUGAUGACCCAGUCUUCGAAAGCAGUCAGUUCCCCGUUGACCCUGAAGCCUCGUUUGCACCUCCGUUCUUCCGUCCUCGCGCUCUGGUCAACCUCACUGCGGUAGAGGCUAUGCCAAGUCUCAACCCGAUUAUGGAUAUGGAAGUUGCCAAUCCUGCAUUGGAAGAUGCGCCUCAGAUAUACACAAUCAACGGUACAGGUGGCCGAAGUUCUUUCCGCACCACGAGGAACGCGUUAGAGGUCUUGGAUCUCAUCGAGUCUCCUCUGCCACAGAACGCUUCCGAUGUAUGGACAACGAAGCUGACUAGCGAAGACGAGACGGACACACUCAUUGUCCUUUGCCUCCACAGCAGAACACUCGUCUUGAAGAUUGGUGACGAUGUUGAGGAAGCCUCCAACACUGGUUUCCUUCCAGAUACAAACACCCUUGGCGUGCAGCAGUUUGGUGAGGAUUGCAUCAUCCAAAUCCACCCCAAGGGUAUCCGUCACAUUCAGGGCAUCCAGUUUCCCAAUGACGAUGCGAGCGCAACUCACGCCAGCCUGACUGAUUGGCAACCUCCCGCUCACCGCACCAUUGUAGCUUGUGCAACCAACAACCGCCAAGUCGCAAUUGCCCUUAGCUCUGGUCAGAUUCUGUACUUUGAGUGUGAUUCUGAUGGUUCGCUUGCCAUGGCUGAAGAAGAGAUCAACUUGGACAGCACCAUCAACUGCCUUGCGAUGCCCGAUGUCCCAGAGGGUAGCGUACGAGCCUUUUUCCUGGCUGUUGGCUGCAGUGACCAAACGGUCAGGAUUUACAAUCUAAGUCCUGACAUGGAAGGCAACAUCUUGCGAAGCAUCUCUGUCCAAGCACUUACAUCACCCCCAAGCGAUUUGACCAUCAACCUUAUGACGGACAAGUCGUCCCGUGGGUACAGCCAAUUCCUUCACAUUGGCCUGCGAAGUGGUGUGUACAUUCGAUCGGUACUGGAUGAGAUGACUGGUGACAUUGGUGAUACCCGGAGACGCUUUCUCGGCCCUGAACCUAUCAAAUUCGCAAAGGUCACUGUUGCCGGUGAGCCCGCCAUUCUGGCUAUGACUUCGCGGCCAUGGCUAGGCUACACUCAUCCUCGCACUGGAGUCUUGCAGCUGACACCCCUGAACUACAUUUCAUUCAAGUCCGCAUGGAACUUUGAUGGCUCACAAUUCAAGGGAAUCAUCUGUGUGAGCGCUAAUGAGUUACGAAUUUUCACGUUCAACGAUUUGACGGACAAUACCACUUAUGAAAGUAUACCAUUGAAGUACACCCCUAGGAAGAUGGUCGGAUACCAUGACCAGGGCGUGUUCUACGUAAUUCAGAGCGACAACAACACCAUUAGUGCUGAUCGAAGGCAACAGCUAAUUGCGCAAAGCGGUGGAAAGAAGGAGGACGGCACCAAUGGUUCAAUGGAGACUGAGCAGUCCAACGGUGCAACUGACAGCGACGAAUUCCUCGCAGUAGACUUUGGUUAUCCAAGGGCUCAGGGCAGUUGGGCAUCUUGCAUCCAAGUAGUCGAUCCCGUUACUGAGAAGACGGUCACUCACACGGUCGAAGUCAAUGGCAACACAUCCCUUGUCAGUGCUGCUCUAGUUUUCUUUGAGAGCCGUAAUGACGAAGCAUUCCUUGCUGUUGGUACUGCAAAAGAUCUGAGCUUCCAACCAUACAAGUUCUCGUCUGCCUCGAUCCAGAUAUACAAGAUCAACCCAACUGGCCGUGAGCUGGAGUUCUUCCACGAAACUACUGUCAGCGAUCCACCUCUGGCAUUACUGGCUUUCAAGGGCAAGUUGCUCGCUGGUGUCGGACGUCACCUAUGUCUUUAUGAUUGUGGUAUGAAGUCAGUCCUACGCAAAGCUCAGGCGCCGAACUGUGUACCAACGCGCAUCACGGGUCUCAAGACACAGGGUAGCCGAUUGGUUGUUUCCGACCAAGCACAGUCGGUCACGUACGUCGUGCAUAAAGACCAGGUUCACCCCAAUCGCCUGAUACCUUUCGUUGAUGACACCGUCGCUCGACAUACCACGGCCUCCGAGAUGCUAGACUAUGACACUACUGUGGGCGGUGACAAGUUUGGCAACAUUUGGCUUGUGCGCUGCCCACAAAAGGUUUCCGAAUCUUCUGACGAGUCACCAGACGGCUCUGAUCUACUUGUCGACAAGAGCUAUCUCGGCGGUACUCCUAAUAGGCUCGACCUGAUCGCACAUUACUUCACCAAUGACAUCCCGGUGUCAAUACAGAAGACAGUCUUGCUAUCAGGUGGUGAACGCGUCGUUUUCUGGGCUGGUCUCCAAGGCACCCUUGGUGCUCUCAUCCCCUUCAACUCACGCCGUUCGCACAAGAUGUUUCAGCAGCUCGAGCUCCAACUUCGCUCUGAUGAUAAGCCACUGUCCGGGCGCGACCAUCUCGCUUUCCGUAGCUACUUUGCACCUGUCAAGAGUGUCAUUGAUGGCGAUCUCAUUGAACGCUUCCUAGUUCUUCCUCGUGACAAGAGGGAGAGCAUUGCUGGUCAAAUUACUGGUUCGGAAUGGACUCCCAGCCAGAUCGAUGAGUCCAUUUGGAACAUGAGGGGCUUGUACGCCUUCUAG